UGACUCACGGUUGGUUCCAAGAUGGAGGAGAGCUGGUAGAGGUGGGGGCGAUCGCUGCUCGCUCCCUCCCUCCCUCCUUCCUUCUCCGCUUGGUGGCGGCUGCCGGCCAGGGCCAGGCACCGGAUCGGGAUCCACGUUUCACGGGAGGAUUGUAACCGGGCUGUCAGUCCGAGCAGGAGGAAGAGGGAGAGGGAGGAGGAGGCCGCCGCCAUCGCCAUGAGCUGCGCAGAGGGGGCGGAGGACGCGGCCGGAGACGCCGACAUCGCCGCCUUUUUCCGAUCUGGUUUUCGUAAAAAUGAUGAGAUGAAGGCGAUGGAGGUCCUUCCAAUACUGAAGGAGAAGGUUGCAUUCCUCUCGGGUGGACGAGAUAAGCGUGGAGGGCCCGUCUUGACAUUUCCAGCACGCAGCAACCAUGACAGAAUAAGACAAGAAGAUCUUAGGCGGCUUAUCUCUUAUUUAGCUAAUAUUCCAAGUGAGGAGGUGUGUAAGCGUGGAUUCACUGUGAUUGUUGACAUGCGAGGCUCCAAAUGGGAUUCCAUUAAACCGCUGCUGAAGAUUCUACAGGAGUCAUUUCCUGGCUGUAUUCACGUUGCACUGAUCAUCAAGCCAGACAACUUCUGGCAGAAGCAAAGGACUAACUUUGGCAGCUCAAAGUUUGAGUUUGAGACUAACAUGGUGUCCAUAGAAGGUCUUACCAAAGUAGUUGACCCAUCGCAGCUUACUCCGGAGUUUGAUGGCUGUCUGGACUACAACCACGAGGAAUGGAUUGAAAUUCGUGUGGCCUUUGAAGACUUUAUAAGCAAUGCAUCACACAUGUUGUCCAGACUGGAAGAGCUACAGGAAAUGCUCGCCAAAAAAGACUUCCCUCAGGACUUGGAAGGAGCAAGAAAGAUGAUUGAUGAACAUUCGCUGCUGAAGAAGAAAGUAAUCAAAGCUCCAAUUGAAGAACUAGAUCUAGAAGGGCAGAAAUUGCUGCAAAGGAUUCAAAGCAGUGAAAGUUUUCCCCAUAAAAACUCGAUAUCAGGGAAUGCAGAUUUUCAGGGCCUUGUACCAAAAGUGUCCAGUAUGUUGGACAGACUACACUCAACCAGACAGCAUCUGCAUCAGAUGUGGCAUAUACGCAAGCUGAAACUCGAUCAAUGCUUUCAGCUAAGGCUGUUUGAACAAGAUGCAGAAAAGAUGUUUGAUUGGAUUUCUCACAACAAAGGGCUCUUCUUGAAUAGCUAUACAGAGAUUGGAGCUACUCAUCAACAUGCUGUGGAACUUCAGACACAACACAAUCACUUUGCAAUGAACUGCAUGAAUGUAUAUGUAAAUAUCAAUCGCAUCAUGUCGGUGGCCAAUCGUUUAUUGGAAUCUAACCAUUAUGCAUCUCAGCAAAUCAAGCAGAUUGCCAAUCAGCUGGAUCUGGAGUGGAAGGCAUUUGCAGCAGCGCUAGAUGAGCGAAGUACCUUGCUUGACAUGUCUGCUGUUUUCCAUCAGAAAGCUGAACAGUACAUGAGUAACGUGGAUUCUUGGUGUAAGGCCUGUGGAGAAGUGGAUCUUCCCUCAGAGCUGCAAGAUCUAGAAGAUUCAAUUCACCAUCACCAAGGUUUAUAUGAACAAAUAACAUUGGCAUACUCUGAGGUGAGUCAAGAUGGAAAAGUUCUGCUGGAUAAACUCCAGCGACCCCUGACUCCAGGAAGUGCUGACUCAUUAAUGGCAACAGCCAAUUAUUCAAAGGCCGUUCAUCAUGUCUUGGAUAUCAUUCAUGAGGUCCUCCACCAUCAGCGACAGUUGGAAAAUAUCUGGCAGCAUCGCAAGGUUCGACUUCACCAGCGACUCCAGCUCUGUGUAUUUCAACAAGAUGUACAUCAGGUGUUGGACUGGAUUGAAAAUCAUGGAGAAGCUUUCCUCAGCAAACAUACUGGAGUGGGAAAAUCACUACACAGAGCCAGGGCUUUACAGAAGCGACACGAGGAUUUUGAAGAAGUUGCACAGAACACAUACACUAAUGCAGAUAAACUCCUGGAAGCAGCAGAGCAAUUGGCUCAGACUGGAGAGUGUGACCCUGAAGAGAUUUACCAGGCAGCCCAUCAACUGGAAGAUCGGAUACAGGAUUUUGUGAGAAGAGUAGAACAGCGGAAAAUUUUAUUGGAUAUGUCGGUCUCUUUUCAUACUCAUGUCAAAGAGCUAUGGACGUGGUUGGAGGAGCUACAGAAGGAACUCCUUGACGAUGUAUAUGCGGAAUCUGUGGAGGCAGUGCAGGAUUUGAUAAAACGCUUUGGACAGCAGCAGCAGACCACCCUCCAAGUGACAGUAAAUGUCAUCAAAGAAGGGGAGGCUCUCAUCCAGCAGCUGAGGGAUUCUGCCAUUUCAAGCAACAAGACACCACACAACAGCUCUAUUAAUCACAUCGAGAGCGUUCUUCAACAGCUGGAUGAAGCCCAGGCUCAAAUGGAAGAUCUUUUUCAGGAACGCAAGAUCAAACUGGAUCUUUUUCUUCAGCUCAGAGUAUUUGAGCGGGAUGCAAUAGAUAAAAUUGGCCUGUUCCAAUUUCCAUGCAGUUCACAGAUUAUUUCAGACCUCGAAUCUUGGGGUGACGAGCUAUCUCAGCAGAUGAAUGAUUUUGAUACUGAGGAUUUGACCCUUGCUGAGCAAAGAUUGCAACACCAUGCUGAUAAAUCCCUCACCAUGAACAACCUGACCUUUGAUGUUAUCCACCAGGGACAGGAGUUACUCCAAUAUGUGAAUGACGUUCAAGCAACAGGUGUUGAGUUAACCUGUGACAGAGAUGUUGACAUGGCAACCCGUGUGCAAGACCUGCUGGAGUUUCUGCAUGAGAAGCAGCAGGAAUUGGACCUGACAGCUGAGCAACACCGUCGCCACUUGGAGCAGUGUGUGCAGCUGAGGCACCUACAGGCUGAAGUUAAACAGGUACUGGGUUGGAUCCGGAAUGGAGAAUCCAUGCUAAAUGCAGGCCUCAUUACUGCAAGCUCACUCCAGGAAGCUGAGCAGCUACAGCGUGAACAUGAGCAGUUCCAGCAUGCUAUUGAGAAAACUCAUCAAAGUGCCCUUCAAGUGCAGCAGAAAGCAGAAGGCCUACUGCAGGCUAAUCACUAUGACAUGGAGAUGAUCCGAGAAUGUGCAGAGAAGGUGGCUUCCAACUGGCAACAGCUCAUGCUCAAGAUGGAGGAUCGUUUAAAGCUUGUUAAUGCCUCAGUUGCAUUUUAUAAAACUUCUGAACAGGUCUGCAGUGUUCUGGAGAGUCUGGAACAGGAGUACAAAAGAGAAGAGGACUGGUGCGGAGGAAUCGAUAAGCUUGGUCCAAAUUCCGAAUGUGAUCAUGUGACACCCAUGAUCAGCAAGCACCUGGAACAAAAAGAAGCUUUUCUCAAAGCCUGCACUUUGGCUCGGAGGAAUGCCGAUGUUUUCCUGAAAUAUCUCCACAGAAACAGUGUUAACAUGCCAGGAAUGAUGAGUCAUGUCAAAGCACCUGAGCAACAAGUGAAAAACAUUCUUAAUGAGCUAUUGCAAAGGGAGAAUCGAGUGUUGCAUUUUUGGACCAUGAGGAAGAAGAGGUUGGACCAGUGCCAGCAAUAUGUGGUCUUUGAGAGGAGUGCUAAACAGGCUCUGGAGUGGAUUCAUGAUACUGGGGAGUUCUACCUGUCCACGCACACAUCCACAGGCUCCAGCAUCCCACACACUCAGGAGCUUUUAAAAGAUCAUGAGGAGUUCCAAAUUACUGCAAAGCAAACCAAAGAUCGUGUGAAACUGUUGAUACAACUGGCUGAUGGAUUUUGUGAUAAGGGGCACUCCCAUGCAGUGGAAAUCAAAAAUUGGGUUACAGCAGUAGAUAAGAGAUACCGGGAUUUCUCCCUCCGUAUGGAGAAGUAUCGUGUAGCAUUAGAAAAAGCACUGGGUAUCUUGGACUCCAAAGCAAGCAAAGACUUGCAAUUGGACAUCAUCCCCUCAAGUGCUCCGGGUUCAGAGGUGAAACUUCGUGAUGCUGCCCAUGAGCUUAAUGAAGAAAGACGUAAAUCAGCUCGCAGGAAAGAAUUCAUUAUGGCUGAAUUGAUACAAACUGAAAAAGCUUAUGUCCGGGAUCUCCGAGAGUGUUUGGAGACAUAUCUUUGGGAAAUGACCAGUGGAGUAGAUGAAAUUCCACAUGGGAUUGUAAAUAAAGAACAUAUCAUAUUUGGUAACAUGCAGGAAAUCUGUGAAUUCCAUAAUAAUUUAUUUCUGAAGGAGCUGGAAAAGUAUGAGCAGUUGCCAGAAGAUGUGGGUCAUUGUUUCGUAACCUGGGCUGACAAGUUCCAGAUGUAUGUAACAUAUUGCAGGAACAAGCCAGAUUCCACCCAGAUCAUACUGGAGCAUGCAGGAGCAUACUUUGAUGAAAUUCAACAUCGUCAUGGACUGGCCAACUCAAUCUCUUCCUAUCUUAUUAAACCUGUACAACGAAUAACUAAAUAUCAACUGCUUUUAAAGGAACUGUUGACAUGUUGUGAAGAAGGAAAAGGAGAAAUUAAAGAUGGCUUGGAGGUGAUGCUGAGCGUGCCGAAACGAGCCAAUGAUGCCAUGCAUCUCAGCAUGCUGGAAGGUUUUGAUGAGAAUCUGGAAUCCCAGGGAGAGCUAAUCCUCCAAGAAUCCUUCCAAGUGUGGGAUCCGAAAUCUUUGAUACGUAAAGGUCGAGAGAGGCACCUCUUCCUAUUUGAAAUGUCGCUCGUCUUCAGCAAAGAAAUCAAAGAUUCUAAUGGCAGGAGUAAAUAUAUCUACAAACACAAGUUGCUUACCUCAGAGCUCGGUGUCACAGAACAUGUUGAAGGAGAUCAGUGUAAGUUUGCAUUGUGGAUUGGACGGACACCAACCUCGGAUAAUAAAAUAGUUUUGAAGGCAUCGAGUAUUGAAAAUAAACAAGAUUGGAUUAAGCAUAUACGAGAAGUUAUACAGGAAAGAACUAUUCAUCUGAAAGGUGCACUGAAAGAAGCAAUCCAUCUGCCCAAACCUGCUUCUCACAAACAUAAGGGAAGGAGGGAUGGAGAAGAUCUCGAUAGCCAGGGAGAUGCAAGCAGUCAACCUGACACAAUCUCCAUUGCAUCAAGGACCUCACAGAAUACGUUGGACAGUGAUAAGUUAUCUGGUGGAUGCGAGUUAACCGUUGUUAUCCAUGAUUUCUUGGCAACCAACAACAAUGAGUUGAGCAUUCGGCGGGGUCAGACUGUGGAGGUAUUAGAGAGACUUCAUGACAAGCCGGAUUGGUGUCUGGUGCGUACAACUGAUCGAUCUCCAGCUGCAGAAGGAGUAGUUCCCAGCAGUGUUCUAUGCAUUGCACAUUCGCGUAGCAGUAUGGAGAUGGAGGGCAUUUUCAACCAUAAAGAUUCACUUUCAGUGUCCAGCAACGAUGCAAGUCCUCCUGCCUCAGUGACCUCACUUCAGCCUCACUCUGUAAGUACAACUCAAAGUUCACCAGGCCCAAAGCGCCCAGGUAAUACUCUGAGGAAGUGGCUCACCAGUCCUGUAAGGCGUCUCAGCAGUGGAAAAGCAGAUGGCCAUGUUAAGAAACUGGCCCACAAACACAAAAAGAGCAGGGAUGUCCGAAAAAGUGCUGAUACUGGAACUCAGAAGGACUCUGAUGAGAAUGCAGCUAUACCCCAGGAAGAAACAGUGGAUGAGAGGGGACGAAAUGAAGGACUCAGCAGCGGCACACUUUCAAAAUCAUCGUCUUCAGGAAUGCAGAGCUGUGGGGAAGAAGAAGGUGAAGAGGGGGCAGAUGCUGUGCCUCUUCCCCCUCCAAUGGCAAUUCAGCAACACAGUCUUCUCCAGCCUGAUUCCCAGGAUGACAAGGCAUCCUCACGCUUAUCAGUACGCCCCACCAGUUCAGAGACACCCAGUGCAGCAGAGCUUGUUAGUGCUAUUGAGGAACUCGUGAAAAGUAAAAUGGCUCUGGAGGAUCGUCCAACGUCCCUCUCUGUUGAUCAAGCAGACAGCAGCAGUCCAUCUUUCAACCCAUCUGAUAAUUCUUUGCUGUGUACUUCCUCCUCCUCUCCCAUUGAUGAAAUGGAAGAAAGGAAAUCGAGUUCCUUGAAGAGGCGCCACUAUGUGUUACAGGAGUUGGUUGAAACUGAGCGUGAUUACGUGAGGGACCUGGGAUGCGUGGUAGAGGGUUACAUAGCUGUGAUGAAAGAAGAUGGUGUCCCCGAUGACAUGAAGGGGAAAGAAAAGAUUGUGUUUGGUAACAUACAUCAGAUCUACGACUGGCACAGAGACUUCUUUCUUGGUGAGUUGGAGAAGUGCCUUGAGGAUCCUGAUAAACUAGCUUCGCUCUUUGUCAAACAUGAAAGAAGACUGCAUAUGUAUAUAGUUUACUGUCAAAAUAAACCCAAAUCUGAGUACAUUGUAUCUGAAUAUCUUGACACUUAUUUCGAGGAUGUAAAACAGCGGCUUGGUCAUCGACUCCAAUUGACUGACCUGCUAAUCAAACCUGUACAGCGUAUAAUGAAAUACCAACUCUUGCUGAAGGACUUCCUUAAAUACUCCAGGAAGGCUGCUGCAGAUAUAACAGAGCUAGAGAAAGCUGUGGAAGUCAUGUGCAUCGUACCAAAACGAUGCAAUGAUAUGAUGAAUGUUGGACGGCUUCAAGGAUUUGAUGGCAAAAUUAUAGCCCAGGGGAGAUUACUUCUCCAGGACACCUUCCUUGUUGCAGAUCAGGAUGCUGGGCUUCUUUCACGCAGUAGAGAGCGGAGAAUCUUCCUGUUUGAACAAAUUGCAAUAUUCAGUGAACCUUUAGAUAAGAAAAAAGGCUUCUCCAUGCCUGGUUAUUUAUUUAAAAACAGUAUCAAGGUGAGUUGCCUUGGCCUGGAAGAGAAUGUGGAUAAUGAUCCGUGUAAAUUUGGACUUACCUCACGAUCAGCAGAUGGCAGUGUGGAAAUCUACAUUCUACAAGCAUCCAAUCCUACAAUUCGACAAAUGUGGAUCCAUGAAAUCAAUCAAAUUCUGGAAAACCAGCGCAACUUUUUAAAUGCUUUGACAUCUCCGAUUGAAUACCAGAGGAACCAUGUCGGCCCUAGUGGACCAAAUAGCUGUAGUGGAAUGAGCAGCACAAGCCGCUCGAGACCUUCUCGGAUACCCCAACCCAUCCGGCACCAUUCCCCAGUCCUGGUCUCCUCUGCGGCCUCGGCCCAGGCAGAGGCAGACAGAUUGACAGGUAUGUCCGCUCGCAACCCUACCCUGGCGACACUCAACAACAGCACCCUAGAUUCUGGCUGCAGCCAAUCUGACAGGCACCUGGAACGAGAAGGCAGCGACAAUGACUUGGAACAGAUUCCCAGAACAAAAGUUCUUGAGAGCCCCAGGAAAACAUUAGGAUCGCACACCAAUGCAGGAGAUGGAAGCCUCAAGGAAUUGCGUGGUAGUCUAGAAGAGAACCGGUCACCAAGAGGGAGUGUGGGCUCUCUGACAAUAGCAAAGCAACGACCGGGCACCACUUCACCCCUGAGUUCACCGCUGUCUACAACGUUCCCAUCCACUCCUUUCAGCAAAGAACCCUACCCUCCCAGCAGUCCUGUUCUUAAGGGCUCCUUCUGGAGCUCACACCCAGCCUCACCAGCCAGCCGUCCUGGCUCCUUCACCUUCCCGGGGGACGUGGACUCCCUACAGCGCCAGGUCCACCGCCACUCCACGCACAGCAAGGACACUGAUCGCAUGAGCACGUGCUCCUCGACCAGCGAGCAAUCGGUGCAUUCCACCCAGAGCAACGGGAGUGAAAGUAGCAGUAGCAGUAAUAUCUCCACCAUGCUGGUAACACAUGAUUACACCGCCGUGAAAGAGGAUGAGAUUAAUGUCUGCCAGGGCGAGGUAGUGCAGAUCCUGGCCAGCAACCAACAGAACAUGUUUUUGGUGUUUCGGGCAGCUACUGACCAGUGCCCUGCAGCUGAGGGAUGGAUUCCUGGCUUUGUACUAGGUCACACAACUAUUAUAAUCCCAGACAACCCUGAAGGAACAUUAAAAAAGUCAACAUCUUGGCACACUGCACUCCGUUUAAAAAAGAAAAUUGAAAAGAAGGAUAAAGAUAGCAAGAAGGAAGGAAAGCUAGAAAAUGGUUUCAGGAAAUCACGAGAAGGAUUACCCAAUAAGGUAUCAGUUAAGCUCCUGAAUCCUAAUUAUAUAUAUGAUGUUCCCCCGGAGUUCAUCAACCCACUGACAGAUGUAUCCUGUGAGAUUGGGGAGACGGUUACUCUGAAAUGCAAAGUCUGCGGUCGUCCUAAAGCUACAAUAACGUGGAAGGCCCCAGACAACAGCACCAUGAGCAAUGAAGGUCGUAACAGUAUUAUGUACAGUGAUUCUGGUGAAGCUACCCUUAAAAUACUGAAUGUGACCACUGAUGAUGAUGGCACUUACACCUGUGUAGCUGUAAAUGAUGUGGGGUCAGCCUCAUCUUCUGCAAUUCUGCGAGUUCUAGCACCAAGAAGUGAUGGAAGAAGAGUCAUCUGGAAGGAUAACUUUGAUUCCGUUUACACGGAAAUAGCUGAAAUUGGCAGGGGACGAUUUUCUGUGGUUAAAAGAUGCGACCAAAAAGGAACUAAGCAGGAGAUUGCUGCAAAAUUCAUCAACAAAAAAAUGAUGAAACGGGACCAGGUUAUUCAUGAACUUGGAAUCAUGCACAAUCUCCAGCAUCCCCAGCUCAUUAGUCUUCUGGAUAUCUUUGAAACUUCAUCCAAUUACAUCAUCAUUCUAGAACUAGCAGACCAAGGUUGUCUUCUCAACUAUAUAAUAGAGUGGGGAAAUCUAACUGAGGAGAAGGUGGCAUCAUAUCUCAGAGAGACUCUUGAAGCUGUACAGUAUCUACAUAACUGCAGAACAGCUCACCUGGAUAUAAAGCCAGAAAAUGUGCUCGUGGACCUCAGCAGGGCCAAGCCACUCAUCAAGCUUGCUGAUUUUGGGGAUACCGUACAGCUAACUGCAACAUACUACAUCCACCAGUUGCUGGGGAACCCUGAAUUUGCUGCUCCAGAAAUUAUUUUAGGAAGUUCUGCCUGCCUGACAUCAGAUAUAUGGAGUGUUGGGGUGCUUUCCUAUGUCCUUCUUAGCGGUGUGUCUCCUUUUUUGGAUGAGAGUGUAGAGGAAACAUGUUUGAACAUUUGCCGAUUGGACUUCAGCUUCCCUGAUGACUACUUCAGAGGGGUUAGUCAAGCUGCCAAAGAUUACGUUUGUUUCUUGCUGCAGGGAGAUCCAAACAAACGCCCCUCGGCUGCAGUGUGCCUCCAGGAACCUUGGCUGCAGCCAGGUAUCAACAGAAAUACUGAAACUCUAAAUACAUCAAGACUGACUUCAUUCAUUGAGCGACGCAAACACCAAAAUGAUGUUCGGCCAGUUGGUAGCAUAAAAAACGUUUUACAAAGUAGACUCGUGCCAAGGGUGUGACCCUGGAACGGAGAUUUUAUUGCUCAUUCUCUUUCACCUGCCAAUAAAGUUGGAGAUGGUAUUUUCAGCCAGUCAGCUGUUGACCCAAAAUUAAACUGACAAAAAAAUUGGCUGCUCUACUCAUGUGUCAUUGUGUGGUAUUGCAUGCCAAGAAACUUUGCACAGACAGUACUUGGGAUUCAGUGCCACCAAUGCAACGUAAAGCUGGUGGAGAGGACCAUAUAAGCUCCAGCCAACCAGCUGGAUGCUCAUUAUUUCGACAGUAUUCUUUUUCUGAUUGCUGGAAACAAUUUUUUGACUUGGAAAAUGCAAAGAACAAAUCAUGAUUGUUAUAAUGUUUAACGAAACCCACAAAAUGUUUGAAACAUUUAAUUUUAAUUACAAAUUAGCCAGCAAAGAUUUUUUUUUCCUCCCAAUUACUGAUUUUAAUCAAAUAUGCCGCUGAAUAUUAAGUGAUCUGGAAAAUGUAUGAUUUUAACUUGUCAUAAACCUUCCAAAGGCUUCACUAAUGUAUUUAAAUUAUAAUUCCAUGCAUUUGGCCAGAUAUGGCCAAAGUUUUUACUGCUGCGACUUUAACCAUGGAUCUUUUGCAUAUGAUAGAAACAAAUUCUGUUGCUCUGAUUAUGCAUAAGCCUUACUUGUAUAUAGACCGUAAUUUGCCUUCAGUCUGUAUUUUUAUUGCUGGUUUGCUAUUCUGGAACCCUCCCCCUGAGCCAAGCCGUAGAUGCUCUUUUAUUUCUGGAGGGGGGUUUGGGAGUUGCACCUGCCAUUCAGAUUGCAGAGCAGUUUAAGGAGGAAUAUGUACUGUAAAUGCACUCAUUGUAUUUUAUGUUUUAAUUCAUAUCAUGUGCAAUGUUGUGGCUUUAACAUUUUAUGCAACUCUAUGAAGACUUCUGUUGUAUCUGUAAUAAAUAUUAAAAACAAGUACUUCGUACUGCAAACUAUACAGUCAUUUGAUUUAUUUAGCAACUGGCCCUUUUACCUGAUCAUGAGGAGCAGUAUCACAACUUAGUUGUUGUGGAUUGCAAACUAAUGAAGCACCAAACAUAGUAUUUUUAAUGAUAUAGUAUGUUUAUAUCAAGCAUGAAACUGCUAUUGUGUCUCAUGAAGCAAUUCUGCAUGAGAAAAAAAACAAGAAUUCAAAAAAUGUCUUGGCACUAAAACCUCACAUUUUUAGAAAUGAUUUAUAGCCUAUUCAUCAUUUUAAGUUUGUUCUAUUUUGCAUGUAUAUUUCUUUUGUAUAAUAUUGAUUGUUUUGCUGAAUAUGUAUUGUAAAUAUUUUUCUCUGUCAUUUGUUUCAAUUAAAUGUAUGCAGUCUGUUUUUUUUUAUUUA